AUGGAUUGGCCAGAGGGCCUUGGUGUUUUGGCCCUUGACUAUCCAGCAUACCCUCAGCCAGAACUUACCAGAGGCACCAACAAAUAUUUUGACAAUGAUUUUCUCACAGUGCUUCUACAAGAUCACAUAGGAGGACUCCAAAUGCUUCACCAGAAUCAGUGGGUUGAUGUUCAUCCAACGUGUGGUGAUCUUCUCAUCUCAAACGACAAGUACAUAAGUGUUGAACACAUAGUAUUGACAAAUAAAGUUGGACAAAGAGUAUCAGUUCCAUGCUUCUUUGGCACAGAUUCAAUGACAUCUCCCAAGAUUUAUGGACAGAUUUCUGAAUUGUUGUUAGAAGAUAGCCCUCCAAAAUAUCAUACAACCACAGUGAAAGACUAUUCUGAGUUGUCACGACCCAGACCGUCGUGA